CUUUGCUUUACUACAUUGAUUACGCCGCCACGAAGAACCGUUUGUUUGGAAUCGCGUUCAGCUUCUUACUCUCACUCUCACUUUACUACAUAGUAAGAGAAUGAGAGUCAUGGCCGCGUCCUCUUUCAGUAGAAACUUAGCGAGACAUGUUUCGUCACUUCAUCGCUUCAGACACUUUUCCUCUUCCUCAUCUCCUAAACUUCCUCGCUCUUCCAACAAAGGAAGGUGGUUGACAGGAGCUGCCGUAGGCAUUGCUGUAGCUGGUGGAGCUUAUGUGAGUACUGUCGAUGAAGCUACUUUCUGUGGAUGGUUAUUCUCAGCAACAAAACUUGUCAAUCCUAUUUUUGCUCUAUUGGAUCCAGAGGUUGCGCAUAGACUAGGUCUCUCAGCUGCAGCUCAUGGUUGGUUUCCAAGGGAGAAGAGGCCCGAUCCAUCAAGCAUAGGCCUUGAAGUCUGGGGAAGAAAGUUCUCCAAUCCAUUGGGUCUUGCUGCAGGCUUUGAUAAAAAUGCUGAGGCUGUAGAUGGGUUACUUGGUUUGGGAUUUGGAUUUGUUGAGGUUGGCUCUGUUACACCUUUUCCCCAAGAUGGCAAUCCAAAGCCUCGCAUCUUUAGGUUGCGAGAGGAAGGUGCUGUUAUAAAUAGAUGUGGCUUUAAUGGUGAGGGAAUUGUUGCUGUAGCAAAGAGGCUGGGUGCUCAGCAUGGUAAGAGAAAAUUAGAUGAAACUUCAAGCACUUCAACUUCUUCCAAUGAUGAAGUGAAAAAUGGUGGAAAAUCUGGCAUUGGCAUCCUUGGUGUAAAUCUUGGAAAGAACAAGACAAGUGAAGAUGCUGCAGCAGACUAUGUUCAAGGAGUUCAUUCAUUGUCCCAGUAUGCUGAUUACUUGGUUAUUAAUGUUUCAUCACCCAAUACCCCUGGCUUGCGGACACUUCAAGGAAGAAAGCAAUUGCAGGAUCUUGUGAGUAAGGUUCAAGCUGCACGUGAUGAAAUGAAAUGGGGUGAGGAUGGCCCACCUCCAUUGCUUGUAAAAAUUGCUCCAGAUUUAUCAAAAGACGACCUUGAAGAUAUUGCAGCAGUUGCCUUGAAUCUUCACUUGGAUGGACUGGGAAACCUCUCUUUGAUCUAUCUACCAAUAUCUUGAAGGAGAUGUAUAUCUUGACAAAGGGCAAGAUUCCUUUGAUUGGCUGUGGGGGCAUUAGCAGUGGUGAGGAAGCAUACAAGAAAAUACGAGCUGGAGCAACACUUGUUCAACUUUAUACUGCAUUUGCUUAUGCAGGACCUGCUCUUAUUCCUCAGAUAAAGGCUGAUUUAGCUGAAUGUUUGGAAAGAGAUGGUUUCAAAUCUAUUCUAGAUGCGGUUGGUGCAGACUUCAGAUGACUUUGAUUUGCUCGUGGAUGCAGUGCUGGAAGAGAGAUACUAUCCGUGUGUUAAUGCUCUACUUGGUUCUUUUUGUCAUCUUUAAUAUAUACCUGAUUUUAAUUUUAUGUAUUGUUUCCCCCACUGGGAUUGUUGUUGUUGUUGUAGUAGUACUGGGUUAUGAUUAGCAUGUAUUGUAUUCUGCUAUGUCCCCUAUUAAAUAAAUGAUUGAAUAGUUUUCUGUUUGUGGUUUCCAAACAACCAUGCCUCCUUAGUAA